AGACACAGCAACACAACAUCAGCCAAGUGUCAUCACCAUCGAUCUUAGCAAGGAGCACCUUCUCUAGUUCUCUUCUUGCGCUAGCUUUUCUCUGCCUUGAGUGAUGGCGACCAUGGUGGCUUUGAGCUCCUUCGCCGUUGUUGGCCGGUCCGCCGCCCGUUCUCCAGUGGUGGCCCCGCGCCGGCGCACCCUCGUCGUCAGGGCCCAGACCGAGCCUGACAUGGACUCAGCCAAGGAGACGACGAGCGCGUCGACCUCCCCCUCCCCCUCCCAGUACACGAGCCCGUCCCCGACCACGAUCCCGGCAGCACCCAAGCCCGUGACCAAGAAGGCUAACCCCUCGGUCUGGGACGCGCUCGCGUUCAGCGGCCCGGCGCCGGAGCGCAUCAACGGCCGGCUGGCCAUGGUAGGCUUCGUGGCUGCGCUGUCCGUCGAGGCGGCGCGUGGCGGUGGGCUCCUCGACCAGGCCGGCAGUGGCGCCGGGCUGGGCUGGUUCCUGGCGACCGCAGGGGUUUUCUCCGUAGCGUCGCUGGUGCCGCUGCUGCAGGGCCAGAGCGUGGAGAGCAAAUCCAGCGGCAUCUGGAGCGCCGACGCCGAGCUCUGGAACGGCCGCUUCGCUAUGCUCGGCCUCGUCGCGCUCGCCGCCACCGAGUUCAUCACCGGCGCGCCGUUCGUCAACAUCUAAGGGAUUGUAGCGCUGUGGGUUUUCAUUUGGAACUGACAAAUUGUAAUAACACUAACCGUCGUAGCCACGUUGCAAUUUUGUACCAUCGGUGAUCGAAUUUUGUAAAUCUCAUGUUUAGGUUGUUUU